GUUUUCUUGAAUGGAAACCCCUAUUUUUGUCACUAGAAAUGUAAAGAGUAGGAAAUUGUUCGAAAAUGUCUUACCUCAUGAAAACGCACGUCCCCAUAUGGCUCGUCGUACUACGGACUUUAUUCAAGAAGCAGGCGUUAAUGUUUUGCCGUGGCCAUCCCGUUCAUCGGAUUUAAAUCCCAUCAAACAUGUGUGGGAUAUGAUGGGAGCAGAGUAUUCACUUUGCAACAUCCGCCACAGACUCUGCCACAGCUAAUCCACAAAGUUCCGAGCUGCUUGAAAUGAGGUGCCACAAGCAGACAUCGAUCAUCUCAUUUUGUCGAUGCCUAG